GGGUGGCUAGAAAUAGCCCACUGCUUAUCAAGAGCUGGCUGUCGUGACUCCUGGAGCAGGAGCUGUGUGUGUCUGGCAGGAAAGCUGCACAAGAUUUUCCGACGAGCCGACAAGAACGAUGAUGGGAAGCUGUCAUUUGAGGAGUUCAAGAACUAUUUCGCUGAUGGGAUCCUGAGCUCUGAGGAGCUGUGGGAGUUGUUCAGUGGCAUUGACAGGCGUCAUUCAGACAACGUGGACACAGAGAAGUUGUGCGAUUAUUUCUCUGCGUAUCUUGGAGAAUACAGGAAUGUGCUUUCCGCGCUGGAAGCCCUCAACUCUGCUGUCCUGGCAGCCAUGGACAAAACCAAACUGAGGUAUGAGACCUCCUCGAAGAUGGAACAGUUUCUGACCCGUUUCCUGCUGCGGGAAACCAUGCACCAGCUGCAGUCCCUGCAGGCCUCACUUGAGUGUGCAGUGGACACUGUGGAGGAGCAGGCGGGACAGGAGAGAAAGGACAUAAAGAAAUCAGAGACCUCGGUUGGCCUGAGGUCAGGGAGACGAAGAGGACAGAAGAACGUCUGUCUGUCUCCAACGGACCCCUAUUCUGGGAUGCUAACAACAGGUGUUUGUGUUGAAGACAAUAGCCAGUGGAUGGCACAGAUCAACAGGCUCCAGCAGCUCAUCGAGAAGCUGGAGUGCAAGAGCCCGCGCCUGGAGCCGCUGAAGGAGGAAGCGAUGUGCAAAGGAAGAGAUGCACACAUCCUGGUGGCGAAGAGGCAGAUCUCGGUGGCAACAAGCAGCGUUGAGGAGUUUCGCCAGGCCUUCAGAUCCUACACGGAGGUCACUGCUGGGCAGAGCAGCUGCCUGCACGUGUCCGCCUGCAAGCUGACAGACGAGGCCUGCUUCAUCCUUUACGAGUUCUGGCAGGACGUAACUUCGUGGAGAAGCCACUUGCAGUCCAGCUGCAGCAAGACUUUCCAGCGGGCCAUCGUCAGCUUGCUGGAGUCCCCGGAGCUGCUGACCACCAUGCUCUUCCCAGCCUCCUGGUGGAUCAUGAACAACAACUGACCUGGGCAGCCACUUCCAGGACGCCGUCAGCAUGCAGAAGGAUGCGGAGCCCUCAGCACAGCUGUCACCUUCUGUUGUGUUCGUCACCUCCCUGUCCCCUCCUGCGGUCCAGCAGGGGCUGCCUGCCCCUCAUCCCUGGCAGUGUUUACCAUUUUCCUCAUUUCACGAUAAUUUAUUUAUCCUCUCCACACACAUAAAAGGGUCUCUGUGCUGCGCGGGGGAGCGGGGCACUCCCAGCAGUGCUCGUGGGAGCCAUAUUUGGGUGGCAGCCUUGCUCUCAGGGGGGCGCUGGGCUGGUCGCUGCCUCCCAGCAGCCGUCAGCCCUACUUGCGCACUGGCUCCUCUUCCUCCCCAUGCUCCUCUUCCUCCUGGC